GCUCUCGUGUUGUCCGUUAGUGAGGUUACAAUAGGAGCCAUGUAGAGAUACUUUUCUUUAUAGAGAGGUAGCCUAUGUGUGUGUUUCUGUGCAUUUAAAUAAAUCAUAAUUACGACAGACAUAUAAUAUCAGCUCGACAGAUCUGUCACAAGGUUGCGUGAUUAGCCUAUUUGAGUUUUCAUUAUAAUAAACGCUGAGCAAAUUACUGUGAAUGGCUGCACGCCUCAGUUUAAUUAAAUAUCACGAAUUUAUCGAUAUCUCAAGUUAACAUCGCCCUCGGUUGUCCUCAUAGCUGAUUAGCUCACAUAUGACAUGUUUUCCCUACACUACUGCUAUCGAUGUUUCUACAUGAAACCGAGCGCUCGAGUGGAUCGCCAAUCCACGCUUGCUAUUACUUUUCCACAUAUAGAAAAUGAGCCCUUGACCCCAUGGAUCCACAGAUAUAGCCUAACAUCUUCAUCUAGCUCAAGUGCCGGUCAGUGCAUCUUCGCGUAGAUUUUAAUCGAUUCCUCGCUCUAAUAUAAAAUAUUAAACUCUUUCCGUGCGCCCGAGAACGAGCGCAUUAUCUAGAUGAAAAGAAGAAGGAAAAAAAAAACCUCUAACAGGAAACCCUCACAGGAACUGCGCUUAUUGCAUGCAAACUUGUUUGAGGCUUGUAAGCACUCUUCAUAGUAGACAGAAUAAUGAAACUGUAUAUAUUUUGUGAUCUUUUAUGUAUAAACCCUUAAGUUUGCUAUCUUAUUUGGUUAUUCCUCUCUCCCACAACACCUGUUGCUCUCGUUUUGAGCAUUUCUCAUAUAGCCCUGUUUUUCCAUCUCAGUGCGUGUAAAAAUUUUGCGGUUAACUUUACCCGCAGAAUGUUGGCUAGUCAACAUUUCACGAGACGCACUUUUAGCCUUUCCUUGGUACUCAGUCUCCAGUAAUCGUUAAUGAACAAAGCAUUGCCUGUCAUAACAGCGGAAUCCGGUUUUUCCGGCCGCUCCCGUCGUCGGGUUGCUUUUAAACCUGUUCGUCUGGCUCGGCUGAGAGAAACAGGUGUAAAAACACGGGAAUGCUUGGGCUUCAUUCCGCCCAGCUGUGAUCGGACAUCUCGAUUCUUUCUGUGGUUAAUUUGUAGGCAAAGCGUUCAGACGGAUGUAAAAUUGUACAGAAGCCCGCAAUGGCUUGCAAAUGACCUGGUCUAACUCGGAGCGCAUUCAUCCGCAGCAACAGACUGAUGAUGUGCCAGAGUGCCAAUGCAAUGUGGUCACGGUGGAGUGCCAUGCUAGUGUGGAUUUUCCUUCUUCUCUGUUGCUCUGCAGAUGUAGUCAGCACCAUCAUCUACAAGGUGUCCGAGGAGCAGCCGCCCAACACACUGAUUGGCAGCCUGGCAUCUGACCAGGGCUUGCCAGACACAGGUCACCUUUACAAGCUCGAGGUGGGUGCCCCUUUCCUCCGUGUGGAUGGGAAAACAGGGGAUAUCUACACUACAGAGACACCGAUUGAUCGGGAGACUCUCAAGGACUGUCGCAAUCUUUUUGAGGGCGAUCCUUGUUUCCUAGAAUUUGAGGUGUCUAUUACAGACCUGAUAAAAGGCACAGGACCUCGGCUCAUCGAAGGCCGCAUCGAGAUCUUGGAUGAGAACGACAACACUCCACAGUUCUCUUCACCUGUCUUGACAUUGUCGAUCCCGGAGAACACGCAUGUGGGUGCGCUUUUUGCAAUUCCUGUGGCCACCGACAGGGAUUCUGGAAGCAAUGGCAUCGCCGAUUAUACGCUAACGACUGGCCCUGAAGCUGCCAACCUUUUCAGCCUGCAGGUGGCACAAGACUCAGAUGAGAAAUUGCCACAACUCAUUGUAUUGGGAAACCUGGAUAGAGAGCAGCGAGAUUCAUAUGACCUCAACAUAAAAGUGCUUGAUGGUGGCUCUCCACUCCGCCAGAGUAGUGCCCUUCUCAGGAUAACCAUUACAGAUGCCAAUGACAACGUGCCCAAAUUUGAGAAGUCACACUAUGAGGGUGAGCUCCCAGAAAACAGCCCAGUGGGUCAUUCUGUUCUACAAGUGAAGGCCAAUGACUCUGACAUGGGACCCAAUGGAGAGGUAUCCUACAGCCUCCACCAGGCAUCACCAGUUGUCCAGAGGCUCCUCAGCAUUGACCGCAACACGGGCACCAUUUUCGUCAAAGGCUUGGUGGAUCGUGAAGAUAUUAGCAUGCUCAAGUUCUACGUCCAAGCUAAAGACAAUGGUCCACAACCGAAGAGCUCCAAAGCCCUUGUGACUAUUACAGUGAAGGACCAGAAUGACAAUGCACCCUCCAUCAGGAUCCGGGGCAUUGGCCUUGUGACGCACGAAGAUGGUGUCGCUAACAUAUCGGAGGACAUGCCUGUAGGCACAGCUGUGGCCCUGGUGGAGGUAUCAGAUCGUGAUGAAGGUGAAAAUGCAGUUGUGACCUGUGUGGUCGCAGGGGAUGUCCCAUUCCAGCUUCGUUCAGCUAGCGAAACAGGCAAUGACCGAAAGAGGAAGUACUUUCUUCAGACAACCAUGCUACUGGACUAUGAACGGAUCAAAGACUACAGGAUUGAAAUUGUGGCAGUGGACUCUGGCAACCCCGCACUAUCCAGCACAAAUUCCCUGAAGGUGCAAGUGACUGACAUGAAUGACAACUCCCCAGUCUUCUCGCCUUCUUUGUACGAGGUAGAAUUUGCUGAGGAGAACCAGCCAGGUGACAAGCUUCUGGAUGUGGUAGCCACAGAUGCCGACAGCGGGACUAAUGCAGAGCUGACAUACAGGAUCACUGGGGGAUCAGUCCCCGAGGGACUCUUUGAAAUUAACCCUAACACAGGAGAAGUGCGUGUCAUGAGCCAGUUGGACCGUGAACAAUUAGAUCACUAUCAAUUUCUAGUUGCAGCAGCUGAUAAAGGUGUACCAAGCUUGAGAGGAACUGCCACUGUUGUUGUUAAGGUUCUCGACAGGAACGACAAUGACCCUAAAUUUAUGCUUAAUGGUUACAGCUUUUCAGUCCAAGAAAACAUGCCACCCCUUAGUCCUGUUGGAAUGGUAACAGUCAACGAUCAAGACGAGGGCGAGAAUGCUCGAGUUCAACUUUCUGUAGAACCAGACAAUGGCAAGUUUAUGAUCCAAAAUGGAACGUACACUAUACUUUCAACUAUUUCCUUUGACAGGGAAAAGGAGAGCACCUACAGUUUCCGACUUAAAGCUGUUGACGGAGGUGAUCCACCACGUUCUUCAUAUGUUGGCAUUACCAUUAAUGUUCUUGAUGAGAAUGACAAUGCUCCAUAUGUCACCAAGCCCUCAAACUCUUCAUACAAGUUCUUGGAUCCCCGCACCAGCCCAGAAACCCACGUAGAAAGUGUUGAGGCAGAGGACAUGGACAUUGGUUUAAAUUCAGAGCUGGAUUUCAUUAUAGUAGGGGGCAACCCGCAUGGAUUGUUCCGCAUCUCUUCAGAAGGUGAGAUUACGUUGGCUAAAGAGUUCACAUCCAAACACAUUGGUCUCCACCGUCUGGUGGUAAAAGUUAAGGACAAAGGCACGCCCGCACGCCAUACGACUGCACUGGUUCACGUCUAUGUCAAUGAGACCAUCGGCAAUGUCUCCCACGUCGAAGGACUUGUUGGACACAGUCUUUAUACGCCACUUGAAAUGGACAUUGCAGGAGAUCCUGAUUAUUCUCGAGACCAGCAUAGUAACAUUAUUUUUGCAGUCUUGGGUGGCUUUUGUGUGGUCAUUCUAAUCAUUGCAGUGGCUAUGAUCAUCAGGCAUGUCGUACUAAAGGAGAAUAAAAGUGGCUACCAGGCAGGCAAGAAGGAGACCAAAGACCUAUAUGCCCCCAAACCUGGACCUAAGAGCAACAAGAACAAGAAGGCAAAGAAAAGCAAAGCUCCAAAGCCUGCCAACCCAUCUGAAGAGGAUGAGGGGGGGAGUCUUCAAAAAGGCCUAAAGUUCAACCUCAUAAAUGAAAGUGUCAACGAUAGCCCUAGGAUUCACCUGCCGCUUAACUACCCCCCUGGGAGCCCAGACCUAGGGAGACACUAUCGGUCUAAUUCUCCUCUGCCAUCCAUUCAGCUCCAACCUCAGUCACCUUCUGCCUCAAAGAAACACCAGGCAGUGCAGGACCUGCCAGCAACCAACACCUUUGUAGGAACCGGGGACAACAACUCAACAGGCUCAGACCAGUAUUCGGAUUACAGCUACAAGGCCAACUCUUCAAAAUAUAGCACCAAACAGCUCCCGCAUCGCCGAGUGACCUUCUCCACAGCCAAUCAGGCACAGGAUCUGCAGGAUCCCUCUCAGCACAGUUACUAUGACAGCGGUCUGGAAGAGUCAGAGACCCCCAGCAGUAAGAGUUCUUCAGGACCCCGUAUCGGGCCCCUCGCCUUGCCUGAAGACCACUAUGAACGAACCACCCCAGAUGGCAGCAUUGGGGAGAUGGAACACCCCGAGAAUGAUCUGAGGCCUCUACCUGACGUGGCCAUGACGGGAAAAUGCACACACGAGUGUACAGAAUAUGGCCACUCAGAUUCCUGCUGGAUGCCUGGACAGCCCUCACCCAACCGCACCAAGAGUGGGCCCAAACUCUCCACCUUCGUGCCUUACCAGGAGAGGGAGGGUCAGGAGCGCCUGAUGGCUGACAGCAGCUCUAAGCCUCACGGAGAGGAGCGGAGUGGAGGUGGGAGCAACAAAGUGGCCAGCAUUCGCUUUUUGCCUCCCUACACUAGUGCCUAUUCUACUGGCAGCGACUCCAAGGAGGAGAUCCCCCUGAGUCAGACAGCCGAUUACGCCCCUGCUACUACACCCUCCAGCCAAGGCUCCAAAAGAGAAAUCUACCUGUGAUUCACCUGUCAUCCGCCUAUGUUUGAUUCCACAUUUGAUCCAAUUUACUUGUGAUCAGCAAUGCCUGUGAGAGGAUAAAAGGCCUCGUUGUCAAAACACCUGCUAAUUCUACCACACCACCAGACCCGAUUUACUCAGACAUCUCCAAUCCCCUCAGCCAUAAGCUUAAUGGUUGACACAAAACAGCUAGAGACCUUCUUUAAAACCCUCUGGGUUUUAUACAACACUGCACAUUGUUAGAGGCUCUGGAAGCCAAAUAGAUAUGAAGAGAAUAAUCAGAAGAAAAAAAAGAGAAAAUCAUUUUGUGAAUAUGAAAUGAAGUACACAAUCCCCAUGUAAACUUCUAAUGAAAGAAUGUAAGGACAAUUUUUAAGUGAACUUUGUGAUAAUUUAAUGUCAAGGUUAUAUUCCUAUUUGAAUCUGAUUUGUUCACUGAUUUUUGUUUGUUUUUUAUUAUAUAUAUAAUAAGUAUUACUUAUGAUCAGACAGUAGUUAUGCUUACCUAAAACAUAUAUACAUCCAAAUAAUACUUUUUUAUUAUUAUUAUUAUUCUGUGUGUAACUACUAAGAACUCGAGCCAGAAUAACUGGCGAACCAAAUUCUGGCAAUCCAAGAGGGACAUAAAUUCUCAACCUUUAUACUUUACUGAAGAGAAAACAUUCACCUUUCUUUAAGCACUGAAGGGUAACUGUUUCUUACAUUUGUCUUUUUUUUCAUAGGAAACUUUUUUCUAAAUGUACAGUGAUGUAAAUAUUACACGUCUGAUGGAACAGUUUUGAUUUAUGAUUUAGCUGUACAGACCCUCGAAGCCACGGCUUCCUUCUGUUGAUAGUAGAAGGGACAUUGCUCAAAGGAUUUGCCUCCCUGUCAGUAAAAGAAGGACAACAGUUUUGGACCAUGGAAUGCUAAAGAUAAUCCACAGUAUGAGCCUCUGCCGUCUAAGUACUUAGGACUUGAGCGAACACGGAAUUUGGGGCAAAAUCCAAGGGAAACAAAUGAAUUGAAGUAGGUUUGCAUGAUGCCAUUUGUCAUUUUGGACAAAUUUGAUGGGCUUCAUCAGUUCCCAGAGGAAGUUUUCCCAGUGACUUUUCCUCUGUAAUACUCUCUUACUUCUUCAAAAGACUAUCCAAAUGUAGCUGAGGCUUGAGGUGAGUUGCCAUUUGGAAGAGCUUUGUUCAAUCCAUCCCAUCCGUAAGGAGGAGAAACAACUUUCACAGUACAAAAAAACAAACAGACAAAAAAUUAACUGUCCAUGUGCUGUGCAAUAGCCUACUCGUUUCCGGACAUGUCAAACUCUGUUGUGUAGAUGUGUGGUAUUGUCAGAGAUUUUGGCUCUGCUCUGUACUGGGUCUGACCCGGUCAAAAUUAAUGCUCACAAGAAGCAGACAGGUUCAAAAAUCAUCCAGCAGGCAUUUUCUCGUGUUUGACCACAUUAAAGUUGUAUUCAACAAAUCCAGUAUAUUUUAAAACAUCUGAGAUUCUGUUUGAAGUGUGCUUUGAAUGUAUGACAUAAGACUUCUGCAGCGACCUUAGAAACACCUAAAUCUUGCUAACCUAUUACCACAAAGUCAUACUGUUGCUCGCCUAACCAGGGCACUUUUGAUGGAAAUGCUAAUUUCCCCAAAUGAAAGUGAGGUCUUUCAGAAAGAGUUUACAGGAAGUUCAUUGACGGUUACUGACAGUAACAGGGAUUGCAUCAGAUGGGAUGCAGGUCAGCAAAAGCUAUGUGUAUUCAAGGCCCGAGCUACACAGAAUAAGUGCACUAUAAUUUACACCAUGUCACAUAGCUAAGUAGCUACUUAAAUCCAACUCUUCACCUCGGAUGAUUUUGCCAUUUACUCUAUAGGUGUUGAUUAAAUGUUCACAGAGCUCUGUGCUUUGGGUGUAAUAGUUGAUAAAGUCUCCUUUUUUAAAAGAACAGACAAAGUGAUCCAAUGCUAAACGCUGGUGUGUCAGGUCACGGAUGUUUAGUUCACGACUGACCCUUUAUUUGAACACUGGCAAACCGAACACUUGACUAAGGACUUGACUAAGUAAAUAAGUUGUAUUUCCAAUUUGACAGGGUCUUUGGUCUCUGCAUGACCUGUGAUGCCCACUUUGGACAAGCAUUGCUGAGCUUGUUGCAGCCUUGGGGCAGACCGGAGGAGAUACCAAAAUACUUCACUCGGUCGAAGUGUUGAUUUGAGAACAUUGACACUCUUACUCGUUUGUUUGCUUCAUUGUACACAUUUAACUUCCUGUUCUUUUAAUCAUCCCAGUGACUACUGACCUUAAAUGUGUUUUCUGCAGUAACAAACAGAAGCUGCCCAGGCUGCAUGAACCCAAAAGCUGCAUGACAGGUAGACAGUCUCUCACUCCCAUUGGGAAAACCUGGAGUUUAUCCCCGGAGAGCAACUGUCACAGAUACUGAUAGGUCAAAUCACUCGGAGUGUGUGUGUGUGUGUGGUGUGUGUGUGUGUGUGUGUGUGUGUGUGUGUGAAUGUGUGCAUCUUCGUACACCUGUGUAACUGUGUAGAUACAAGUAAGGGGAUCUACUCAUUGCCUUUAAAGCAAGAAAUUUUAAAGCUCUACACGUCUUUUUUUUUUUUUUUUCUUUUUGCUUGGAUUUUCAAUUGCCAAAUUGUGUUGUGGCAUCUCAUUGAAUAAAAUGGCUCUUGCUGUGUGAAACAGUGGUGCAAAGAAUCUGAUAAAAAUAAUAAUAAUAGGGAUUAAUAACAUCUUAUACACUGGUUGUAGGGCGAAAAACAAGCAAGAGAAACAUUAUAUAAGGGGAAAGACAGUCCAUGUCUUAUUUUGUUCAUGUCUUAUACAUAUGUUUUUUUGUCUGUUUGUUUUGCAGAACAGUGAUGAGCAAAUAAUGUAAACAAUGACUUUUUUUCUACAUAAAGGCACAUGAUCUUCGUUUUCUUUAGGAUUUUGUUCACUUUGUGAGCAGGCCCAAAUGGAAUCUGCAUUUUUUUGCAUUUAUAUUUGAGAAAAAAAAAUAAAAAAUUCUGUGUAAUGAUUUGAACAUUGUAAAAUGGGUUAAAUAGAGCUUAAUCAGUUGCUGAAAGCACUAUCAAAUUAGCCAAAUAUUUAAUAAAC